GGAGGUGCUAGGCUGUUUGCUGGUUGCUAGCUGCGGCUGCUUGUCCGGCCUCCUGGCCGUUUCAUUGUCACCGGGCCUCGGAGUCAGCGCCGGGGCCGGGGGCGUGAAGUCGUCGGCCCAAAGCCUGGGCCCCGCCCGUCCCAGCCUGGAGGGCCCCGCGCACCCUUCGCCGUUCGGUCCCGCAGGCCCCGAGUCCCAGGCCCGACCCGCGCAGGGCCUACUUGUCCACCAUGAAAGGCUCCAGGGCCCUCAGUGGCCCCUCCGGCCCUCCCGAGGGCAGCCCGGAAAGCAUGGACCUGAGUCUGACAGGCCUCCCUCCGCCCAUGUCCCGGCGUCCCAACAGUGCCUCCACCGCCAAGCCCAUUGCCCGAUCCAUCUCCGUGGUCACUGGCAGCGAGCCAAGGAGGAAGAUGCUGGAGGCCCCAGGGCCCGGAGGCUCCCGGGCCGUCAGCAACCUUCGCAGAUCUAACAGUGCCACGCAGGUCAACCAGCCACAAGCCAGCCAGGCAUGGCCCGGCCCCCUCAGGCCGGAAGAGCCCCCGGACUUCCUGACACUCUUUGAGGGCAGCCCCGGUGGGAGAAAGAGGCCUGCCAGUCUGAGCAAAGCUUCCAGCGAGAAGGGAGCCACGUGGAACGUCCUGGAUGACCAGCCCAGGGCCUUCACCUUGCCACCCGAUGCCCAGAGUCCUGGCACCCUCGACGUGCUGGUGGGCCCGCGGAGGAGAGAGUGCACGGUGCCCCUGGCCCCCAACUUUACUGCCAACAACAGACUUGACAAAAGAACCUUAGAACUCCCCUCCAGCAGGCCAGCAGGUGCCCUGCCCGUCCACCUUCCUCCAGAGAAACGUCUCGGAGCCCUGUCUUCUCUCGCCUGGGUCCGAGCUGGCCGCCCUCCGCUACCCCCUCCCUCCUGGAGCAACAAGGGCGCCGUGGGCAACUGCGUCACCACCAUGGUGCACAACCACUACACCCCCUCGGAGAAGGUGCCGCCCCCCAAGAGCUCCAACCACAUGGCUCCCUCCCUCAACAACAUCAUCAAGGCAGCCACAGACGAGGGCGAGGGCGGCAGCCUCGGGAAGCCGCAGAAGAACGCGGCCCGUAGCAACCACACGGUCCAGAACAACUCAGGGGGCACCGCCGGCCAGCUCAGACGGAAGGAGGUGACCGAGGAGGAGGCUGAGAGGUUUAUCCACCAGGUGAACCAGGCCGCCAUCACCAUCCAGCGCUGGUACCGACAUCAAGUGCAACGGCGCCGAGCUGGAGCCGCCCGCCUGGAGCACCUGCUGGCGUCCAAGCGAGAGGGGCAGCGGCAGCGGCUAGGAGAGGGGACCCUCCUGGACCAGCACCAACAGAAAGAGGUGGCCAGGAGGAAGGCCCGGGAGGAGAAGGCGCGCCAGGCCCGGAGGGCAGCCAUCCAGGAACUGCAGCAGAAGCGAGCCCAGAAGUCAGGUAACGCUGACCGUGGGCUGCUGAAGCGGCCGGGGGAGACAGGGAAGCCCCAGACCACCCAGGAGCCAACCCUGAGGCCGGGGAGUGCCGCCCAGCAGACCCGCAAGGCCAAUAACACUGGGGCUGGCCUCCGCACCGCGGGCCCGGAGGACCCCUGCCAGCCUGCCCACGACUCGUCGCCAGAGCCCCGGCAGCUUCCAGAGGACAAGCCUCAGGAUGCCAGCUCCCAGGACGUGGCUGGCGAGGGCCUGGAAGCUUUGGGCCCUGCUGGGAGCAGGGCCAAGUCCAGGGCAACCCUGGACGAGCUGCUGGACACGCUGAAGCUGCUGGAGCAGGAGCCUGAGCCGCUGCCCCGCCCCGAGGCCUACCACAAGGACAAAUACGCCUGGACCGACGAGGAAGACGAUUCCAGCUCCCUGACGGCCGACAACCUGGAGAAAUUUGGGAAGCUGAGUGUGGCUGCUUGCCCCCGCGAGGAUGGGACCCUGCUUUCGGAGGCCAAGCUGCAGAGUAUCAUGAGCUUCCUGGAUGAGAUGGAGAAGUCUGGGCAGGGCCCGCCGGCCUCGGCCCCCCAGGGGCCCAUGCCGGAGGAGGGGCUGGGGCGCCUGGAGCCCGCGUCCGAGGUCAGCACGUCGGUGAUGCGGCUGCAGCUGGAGGUGGAGGAGAAGAAGCAGGCGAUGGUGCUGCUGCAGAGGGCGCUGGCGCAGCAGCGCGACCUCACCAUCCGGCGGGUCAAAGAGACGGAGAAGGAGCUGGGUCGGCAGCUGCGGCAGCAGAAGGAGCACUACGAGGCCACCAUACAGCGGCACCUGUCCUUCAUCGACCAGGUGUUGAUCGAAGACAAGAAGGCUCUGGGUGAGAAGUGCGAGGCCCUGGUGGCCGAGCUGAAGCAGGGGGACCAGAGGCUCAAGGACAAGGAGGCCCAGAUGCAGGAGCAGCACGAGCUGGAGAUUAAGAAACUCAAAGAACUCAUGAGCGCCACCGAAAAAGUCCGCAGGGAAAAGUGGAUCAAUGAGAAGACCCAGAAGAUCAAGGAGAUCACGGUCAAAGGCCUGGAGCCUGAGAUCCAGAAGCUGAUCACCAAGCACAAGCAGGAGGUGAAGAAGCUAAAGAGCCUGCACGCGGUGGAGCUGCUGCAGGCGGACGAGCGCGCGGCCCAGCGCUACGGACGCCAGGCGGAGGAGCUCCGCGAGCACCUGGAGCGGGAGAAGGAGGCGCUGGGCCGUCAGGAGUGGGAGCGUGCCCAGCAGCGCUUCGAGCAGCACCUGGAGCAGGAGCAGCGGGCCCUGCAGCAGCAGCGGCGGCGGCUCUACAACGAGGUGGCCGAGGAGAAGGAGCGGCUGGGCCAGCAGGCCGCCAGGCAGCGGGCAGAGCUGGACGAGCUGAGGCAGCAGCUGGAGGAGAGCAGCUCGGCAGGGGGCCGGGCCUUGAGGGCCGAGUUUGAGAAGGGGAGAGAGGAGCAGGAGCGCCGGCACCAGAUGGAACUGAAGGCCCUGAAGGACCAGCUGGAGGUGGAGAAACAGAUGUGGGAGGCCAACUCCGCCAAGAAGGAGGAAGCGUGGCUGCUGAACCGGGAACGGGAGCUGAAGGAAGAGAUCCGGAGAGGCCGGGACAAGGAGAUCGAGCUGGUCAUCCACCGGCUGGAGGCCGACAUGACGCUGGCCAGGGAGGAGAACGAGCGGGCCGCUGAGAGCCGGGUCAAACGCCUCCGGGAUAAGUACGAGGCGGAGCUCUCAGAGCUGGAACAGUCGGAGCGGAAGCUCCAGGAACGGUGUGCAGAGCUGAAGGGGCGCCUUGGGGAGGCCGAGGGGGAGAAUGUGCGUCUGCAGGGCCUGGUGCGGCAGAAGGAGAAGGAGCUGGCGGAUGUGAAGGCGGUAAAUGAGCAGCUGGCUGGCGAGCGCAGCAGCCUGGCCCAGGUCCUUCGCCAGGAGUUCGCUGACCGGCUGGCAGCUUCCGAGGAGGAGAACCGGCAGGUCAGGGCCGAGCUGGCCGAGCUGCGGGCCCGCCAGCGGCUGGAGCUGGAGCAGCUCACGCGGGAGAAGCAGGCGGAGCUGGAGGAGGUUCACGGGAGGGUGAAGCUGGCCCUGGCAAAGAAGGAGGAGGCCGUGAGCAGCCUCCGGAAGCAGCACGAGGCCGCGAUGAAGAGGGCCGACCACCUGGAGGAGCUGCUGGAGCAGCGCAGGCGGCCGUUCCCGAGUGCCAAGUGACCGCCGACAGCAGCAGGCUGAGGGCGCCUGGCCGGAGGUGCUCUGGCCGCCCCUCAGGUGGAGCACCAAGGCUACGUCGUAACAGUAAAGAGGUGUCUUUUAAUA